AUGGCGUGCUGGGGUGAAGACCCUUCUCACCACCAUACAGUAGGUACUGCCGCAUACUGCCUUGCUUUUCUUUUCAAAAUUUCACGUGCAACAUCCUCUUGUCCCCAUAGCACUGCAUGCGACCAAAGCGUCCGUACUAUCCAUACCGACACAUGCUACGAGUUCACCCGCGAGUCUACUUCUGGAGACCUCAAGCCAGCCAUGGCAGCAAAUGAUCCUGGCCUUGCGACAAUGGCCGCGUCGGCCUACGAUCCAACCAAAGGAGAUGUCGAGAAGAAGGUGGAUGGGACAUUGGUAGAAGAGGAGAGACCUGUAGCACCAGACCAGUUCGACGAAAGAUUCGAGACGACCAAGCACGAAGUCUGGGCAUACUACAGCUACUACAUCGGAAACAAUGGCUUGACGCUGUUCAACUUUGGGCCAACCGCCGCGCAAAACUUGGUACAACAGCAAGCAGAGGCUGUCGGCGCGGCGGACAACACAAUUCUGCGCUUUGCUGGCUCGGACAGGACGAUCAACAGUAUCAUCCUGCUCCGCAACGGCAUAAGCUUCGCGAUCCAGAUUGUCGUCUUCCUCAUCCUUGGAUCCUUCGCAGACUUCGGCACUUUCAGGCCCAACAUCCUGAUUGCCCUCUCCCUCAUCGCAUGGGGCAUUGGCUUCGGCUGGCUGGGCGUCCACCACGAAGAACAAUGGCAGACCGGGCUAGGUCUCUACAUCGUUGGCCUGAUCGCAUACCAGCUCUGCUUGACAUACUGGACCGCUGCAUUCCCAGGCCUGGCACGAAACACACGCACCAUGCGUGAGAAAGCGCAGCAGUUCGAAGCUGGAGAAAUCACCCGCGACGAAUACGACCAUGUCGACAGCAUGAAGCGCAACGAACUCAGCAACACCGCCUUUCAUGUCCAGUCCGUCGGCGAGCUCGUCAUUCUCGCCGUCAUUGUCGGUAUCAUCUUCGCCCUUCACGUCAACGCCAGCACAGCAAACAACAACUGGGGUCUCAGCGUCCUCAUCGCUUUCGCCUCAGGAGUCUGGAUCAUUGUCGCGAUACCCUGGUUCUUCCUCGAGAAACGCCGUCCAGGUCAGGAUCCGGGCAUGAACAUCGUCCUCGCAGGAUUCUGGCAAUUAUACCGUGCUUUCAAGGAGAUCUGGCAGCUUCGUCAGUCCCUCUUCUACCUGAUCGGAUACUUCCUUCUCGGCGAUUCGCUCAACACCACCGUAACCGUGAUCGCCACGCUACAGUACGAGAUCGUCAAUUACAACACCCUGGAACUGACCUACCUCCUCAUCGUUGGCAUAGCAGCCCAAGCAGUGGGGAUUUUCGCGCUCUGGAAUAUUCAAAAACGCUUCCAGCUCCCUACGAAGACAAUGUUCAAUGCCGUUGCAGUGGGCAUAAUCCUCCUCGACGGCUGGGGCAUGAUUGGCAUCUGGACGAACCGUUUUGGAUCCCAUAACAAGUGGGAAGUCUGGGUCUACCAAGCCUUCUACGGCCUCUUCGUCUGUCCGUGGUACAGCUACUCACAAACCAUGAUCUCCGAAGUGACCCCCCGCGGCAAAGAGUUCCUCUUCUUCUCCCUCUUCUCUAUCAUCGGCAAGACAUCCUCCUUCAUCGGCCCAUUUCUUAGCAGCGCCAUAAUCGACGAUACAGGAAACAACUCCAGUCCGUUUUAUUUCUUGUUCGCAUUGAGCGUGGCGAGUUUCCUGGUUUUGUUGUUCUUUGUGGAUGUGAAGAAGAGUAGGGUUGAGCAGGCGGCGUUCUUGGAGAGGGAGAGGGUCGCGAAGAUGAAGAUGAUUGGUGGUGGGGAUUCGGCGAGUAGUUUUGAGACGGGGAGUGGGAGUGGGAAUGAACAGGAGAUGAAGACAUGA